AUUCAAAAACAAAUGAGUGCGUGAUGCUCUUACAUCGUAUUUAAGAAUUCCCCGGCCAGUGUAUAAUUGAAAACGCCAAAAGCAAUUACUUUGAUAAGAUAUCGAAUUGAGCGGCGGAUGAUAAACGACCAUACCAAUACUUCCUCAUCAAAUCAAAUUUUCGUCAAUGCCUGCAAGAGUUAAGCAGCUAACGCUAUCGCUAUUAUCGCCGUGGUUUUCUUCUUUCGCAGCCAUUGCGAUCACCCAAAGUCACAAGCAAACGAAAAUUAAAAUUAUAAAGUGAAAAGAUCCCAAAAAAAAAAGGGUUGAAGCCCCUAUGAUCACUACUAUUUAUCUCAAAAUACUCCCGGGAAAGCAAUAUAGCCAUUAUGGCAUCAUCUAAUGUUAAUACAGGCUUUGCCAAGUGUUUCAUUUCAUUUAUGGCGCUGGUGAUAUUGCUGCAAGGAUGUGUGUAUCUUGCUUUAGCAAUAUACGGAAUAACCCAGGAAAGCUGCCACAAUAAUGGAGUAUCUGACAUAACUGAAAAUCCCUUCGAAUUCAUAAUGCGCUUGAUUUACUUUCAAAAGGAAAGUUGUGGAAAUCCAAAAGUGACAGCACAAGAUUUGCCAAACGAAAUUGUAGUUGAUAUGAAUUGGUCCAAAUCCUUUGCAAUUACAAAUCGAACAUUCAUUUUCUUAAUCACCUAUGCUGCGGUUAGUGCAUUGUGGAUAGCGACCUCGGUACUAGUUUUGGCAUCCAUCUGUGGGCGUGUUACACGAUUUGUAGCGGCAAUUUCAUUUUGGCCAUGGUUUUUGAUCGUAAUUGGCGGAAGCAUUCUCGAUGGAGUAGCAACAGGUUAUUUUGUAGACGACAUCAUACAUACAACUACCGGAAGCGACACAUUUGGAUAUAUCGGAGCAGAUACGACAAACACCGAGUUGAUGAGUGUCCUGGAAAAGUUCGAUGCCUACUUUAUAACACCUGCUGUUGUAAUGGUUUGCUUGAGUUCGCGUCUAGUGCUAAUAUGGCUGCUUAAUAUUUUUGGGACCGGAUUUUGUUUGUCAUUAUCUCACGUUUUGGCAAAAAAUAAUUCUACUUCAUCUCUAAAUGAAGGUCUUUCUAAUUCAUCUCCUACGCAAGCUAUUUCAGAGGCAAGCACUUUCAAUGCUCAAUCAGAGAUUAAACUCCAACAACCUGAAGUAAGGCCCAACCAAUCCAGUUUGAAUCCACAAACGUCAGUUAUCGAACAAAUAAGAAUUCAUCAGCAAACUUCAAUUAAUUCACAUGGUAAUACACCGCCUACACCUUUAAUAGAUCCACCAAAGAUUCGUCGUCUUUCCUCCAUUUCAACGUCAAGAGACAGCGAACAAUUGAAUCCGGCUCAAAACAAUGUAACAUACCGCAACACCGACACACAUCCAGAUCGCCUUGAUUAUCCGGCCGUAAGGACUAGACCGAUUUCACCUGAAUUGCCUAUGGAGCAGGUGUCGCAACUGUCCGUAGAGACGCCGUUAAAUAGUCGUUAUUCGAUAAUUGAUGGUUCGCAGCAGCCAAAUGCCCGAGUUAAUGCAGAACUGCGAAGCCAGUUGCCUUGGUCAUACACCAAUAUAUUAGGUAAUCCUCAGGUGCCACUUAAGCCACAGAGGCCAAUUUACCCAGAUAUACCAAAGCCUGACUACAAUUCAUAAAAUCCUUAGGAGAAUAAAAAAGUUUUAAAAUGUCAGCGUUAAUUUGUACACAUACUUAUGUAUUCGUAUAUGUGCAUAUGUACUAUGUAUAUAUAUGAAAGUUUCCUUUUUUUAAUUUUAAACCACUUGUAGUUCACUAAUAGAAUAACAAAUGAAUUGGGACAAAAUAAAAUUUUUUGGAAUUUA